GAGCUGGAUCCUCUUUUUGAGUUCCUUUUGUGUCGCAGCUUGGUUUUCAGACUUCUAAGAUACAUAUCAAUAUUGUCAUUAUUCCUUGUAUUUUUUCUAAAUACUUUCUACAAAGGCACAAUGCUAGCGUUUGGUCCGUCUUUCUUCACCCUGGGCGUGGCUUUGUUUCUGCUCACGGACGUACAAACGCUUCCCAGCGUUUCACCUGCACCAGGGCGGCAAACCACCACCACGGAUGGAAGGACGCGGGACAACAGUUCCAUCCCUGAAAUGUCCACCACUGCAAAGUACAACGGCAGCAACACCAGCACUACUAGCAUGAACUAUGCUAACAGCAGCACGACCAUCAUGACCUGGACUGAACUAACUAGUGAUGGUCCUGAUCCCACCAGGACGACAGUCAGCCACUCACUCACCACAAAAAUGAAAGACAACCAGAAAGACAAACUGACCACAGCAAAGCCUUUUACGAGGAAAAGCUAUGACAGCACUGGCAUCAUCGUUCUGGUUUUGAUCAUCAUCAUCGCCAUGGGCUUCUCCCUGGCUUGCUGCAUUGCGAGGAGACGACAAAGGCGUUAUUCUGUGGACUUCCACUCCAGGCCCGAUGAAGCUAACGUCCCCCUCAGUACCGUGGAGCCUGAAGUAGCAGUUGCUAGUGCGUCACAUAACGGUUUGCAAACCUUCCAAAGCGACAGGAAAAGUGCCAAAGACGGAGGGGAAGAACAAGAGGAGCCGGACGGGCCCAAAACUGAAGCAGUGGACAGUCAGCAGCAGCAGGCCGACUCUGCAUCUACGACUCAACCUGCAGACGACUCGGAGAACAAACCCAAAGACGACGUAGACGCCGAGAAAGGUCUUGGGACACCUGAGGAGCAGGCAAAAGACCACGUCACCGACCCAAGCUUAGACGGAACUCCAAAGGAGACCAAUGAGAACAACAGCAACAAUACUUGUGAGAACCCGAGAAAAGCAAAUUCCCAGUUGUCCAGCUUCUUCUGGGAGGUUUCCCUGGACAGCCAGCUGUGAGACGUGAUCUUCAGAAACACGACUGAACGACUGCAAAGAUCAAAGAGGUUUAUUUGUUCUAAUACUAUAAAUCUACACAAAAUAAUGUUACUAAAACGUCUGGGAAAGUCUUCUUACAUUAACUUGAGCCUUCUACUGCUGUAUAAAAGAGCUAGUUUGCGCUUUAUAACUAUUUGCUCUCCAUUUCACCUCCUCAUGAAAGGCUUGUGAGUCCACCUGUUGUCUUUGUUUUUUUUCUACAACAAAAACCACCAAAACAAAUUCAAGGUACAUGCUUUUCAUUGGAUAAUGACAAUAAUCACAUUAUGAUGUAGGCUUAAAAUAGAAGUGUUUUUUUGUAAGUACAUCAAGAACAGUAAAAUAUAUUACCGUAUUUUUCGGAGUAUAAGUCGCGCCCGCCGAAAAUGCAUAAUAAAAAAGGAAAAAAACAUAUAUAAGUCGCACUGGAGUAUAAGUCGCAUUUUUGGGGGAAAUUUAUUUGAUAAAACCCAACACUAAGAAUAGAACUUUUAAAGGCAAUUUAAAAUAAAUAAAGAAUAGUGAACAACAGGCUGAAUAAGUGUAGGUUAUAUGAGGCAUAAAUAAGCAACUGCUAUGUUAACCUAACAUAUUAUGGUAAGAGUCAUUCAAAUAACUAUAACAUAUAGAACACACUAUACCUUUACCAAACUAUCUCUCACUCCUAAUCCAUAAAUCCCAUGUAAUCUUAUACGUCUAGUCUCUUACGUGAAUGAGCUAAAUAAUAUUAUUUGAUAUUUUAUGGUAAUGUGUUAACAAUUUCACACGUAAGUCGCUCCUGAGUAUAAGUCGCACCCUUGGCCAAACUAUGAAAAAAACUGCGACUUACAGUCCGAAAAAUACGGUACUCAAUAAAAUAAAUUAUUUUUUUGUUUGUUUUUGUAGUAAAUAACCUAAUAUUACACUAGUGCUUUUUAUAUAGCUCGGUUGGUAGAGUGGCCGUGCCAGCAACUUGAGGGUUCCAGGUUCGAUUCCCACUUCAGCCAUCCUAGUCAAUGCCGUUGUGUCCUUGGGCAAGACACUUUACCCACCUGCUCCCAGUGCCGCCCACACUGCUUUAAAUGGAACUUAGAUCUUGGGUUUCACUAUACAAAGCGGUUUGAGUAACUAGAGAAAAGCGCUACAUGAAUAUAAUUCACUUCACACUUCACUUUUAUUAGGGGGACACAAAAAAAUCUAUUCGCAUCCAAUUCACGAUUCUUUCUUAGUCAUCACAAUUCUAAGUCGAUGCAUAAUUUAUAAAAAUUGAUUUACAAAAAAAAAAGUUUUUUUUGUUUCUUUUAUACGAAUGCAUUUCUAAAAAUAUGUUUUAUGUCAACUCCACGACACCAGAAAUAACUUUUCUAACCUGUAACCUGAAUUAUUAUACCAAAAUAAUACAUUACGAAAAUUGGUGUGAAUCGAGAAUUGUGUUAAAUCGAACCACAGGAAUGGAAUCGGAUCUAAUCGUUAGGUGCCCAAAGAUUCAUACUCCUAUUUUUUAUUGUUGUAUUAGUAUAUGAUCAUUAAAACCGCGAGGUACCGUAUUUUUCGGACUCUAAGUCGCAGUUUUUUUCAUAGUUUGGCCGGGGGUGCGACUUAUACUCAAGAGCUACUUAUGUGUGAAAUUAUUAACACAUUACCGUAAAAUAUCAAAUAAUAUUAUUUAGCUCAUUCAUGUAAGAGACUAGACGUAUAAGAUUUCAUGGGAUUUAUGGAUUAGGAGUGAGAGAUAGUUUGGUAAAGGUAUAGCAUGUUCUAUAUGUUAUAGUUAUUUGAAUGACUCUUACCAUAAUAUGUUAGGUUAACAUAGCAGUUGCUUAUUUAUGCCUCAUAUAACCUACACUUAUUCAGCCUGUUGUUCACUAUUCUUUAUUUAUUUUAAAUUGCCUUUCAAAUGUCUAUUCUUGGUGUUGGGUUUUAUCAAAUACAUUUCCCCAAAAAACGCGACUUAUACUCCAGUGCGACUUAUACUCCAGUGCGACUUAUAUAUGUUGUUUUUCCUUCUUUAUUAUGCACUUUUGGCAGGUGCGACUUAUACUCCGAAAAAAUACGGUACAAAUGUGGGAUUUUAACUUUUAAAUGUACAUAAGAUGCAAAAACAUGUCUUUUGUAUAUUUUGUAACAAGUAUGAAUCAAUAUUUAAGGCGAGAUUGUUCAUUGGGAUUCUGCAUAUCACAUACAGCUGUCCAAAGGAAA